GUCCCCCGGUGACUCUCCUCGGAACUCCCCCCGCCACUCGCCGUUGCUGUUCCGCAAGCUCCUCAUGAACCGUAACAUUGCCCUGCAACGCCGCUUCACCUUGGCGUACACACCCAGGUAGAGUCAAUGACAUGGAUCUAAUUACUGUCGUUAGCUUAUGUGGAAAGCUGUGUGUAAGGGGUGGCUCAGGAGGUAGAGUAGGUUGUCUACUAAUCGAUCCCUCGCCGCUUCAAUCUGAUACUGAAGCCCAGGUUGCUCCUGAUGUGUUCAUCGAAGUGUGGCUGUUAGGUAGAAAGCACUAAGACAUAGUGGGGUGAAUGGGUGAAGGAGUUCUUUAUAGGUACAACUUUCAGCUGUACGUUGAUAAGAUAAUCAGAAGGUUGGGAUUCAGAGAUCAUCUUCUCUGAACUCUGCUGAACUCUAAUAAACUAUAGGCCCAGUGUUUGUUCAGCAGCUCUGAGGUAACAUUGCAGAGGCUGCUUUUUCACGUCAUCACGGUAUGUGUCAUGGGUUGGCAGUAGCAAAAAAGCCUCAUUGUCUGAUAAUAAGGUAACUGUGGGAAAUCACAGUUUUGUUGACGUCGGGACCGGUGUCAUCUCAAAGGACCUUAUUGUUAAGGCAAUGAAAGAGAGGGUUUUGUUUCAUGCCCAAGGUGUUCAGCAAUCCUGGCGGAGCCAGAGAUGAGAAAGGUUUCCUAUACCACCAGGGUUUCUGUGUAGCAGAGACAAAGCUAAAGUCUGGAGGGAUUCGGGGUGGCUCACCACAGUAAACACAAAGAUGACGCUUAAUGCUGCAUCGUCACUUUGUCAGUCCUUGUGACUGAAAACAGGCAACCUGUGUCCUGCUUUUUGUUUUUACGUCAGAAAAGAUGGAGCUGAGUAAAUCUUGUUCAGGCUAUGACAGAGCCUAAAUGUUCAAAGUUUGAUGGAUGAAGCUGUUUAAAUAACAGAGUGAUCUAUGAAGGCAUUUGCUGAUUUUUUUUUUCCAAAGAGAACCUCACUAUGGUAGUUUAAGAAAUAAAAUAGCAGCAGUGCCGGGUAGUGACGUAUUUAGAUUUUCCACGGACGUAAUCGUGACCAGUAGGUCAAUUGAGGAAACUCUGAGAAAGCUGUGAAAAUUACCCUGGAGUCUAAAGCCCUCAUUUUUCUCUGAUGUAUGUAAACACUCCAGGAAAAAACUAUUUUCGGGUCACGGAGAUGCAAGUUUACAAGCGUAGAAGUGUUUUUUAGCAUUAAAAUCAGUUAUAUGUAGUAAAUAACUGAUGUUUUUAUCUCUUUUGUAGAGCAGUCACAGUGUUGGAAAAUGAGCGGAGUUUUAACAGGGGAAGGUCAUUUUAUAUGACUUUCUUAACAAGGUUGUCUCUGCUGUCACCACCCUCAUGUGGCUGCAGGCUGUUUGCAGCAAUAUUGGUGGUUUCUUCUUGUGGUUUUCAUUUUCACCCUUGUUAUUGUCAAUUUUGCACACAAACGGCAUCAGAGCUGCCUGUACAUGACCACAGAUUCCAUACACACCUUUCUUAAUUCAUUCAAUGGUGAUAAAUGCUGUCUUAUGCUUGAGUUUAAAACAUAGCAUCAAAAAAAGCUGCAAUUCACACACAAAUAUUUAAAUUUGUAAAACAUGCCAUUGUUAAAGAUAAAUUUGCCAAAGAUAAUAUGUUGCGUAAUGAUCCCACGUUAGCGUUAAGAUGCCAGAUUAUAUAAAGCAACUAACCUUUGAGUUGUCAUGGUACUAAAAAUUAUAAUCGUGCUCUCAAUAAAUACACAUUUCACCAAUCAGUUUAAUUAUAGAGGCUGCAAACUGAUGUCAUACUGAAGAGAAAGCUCCCACACGCAGUCACGAACCAUUUAGUCGAAAGUUAAACUGUCUUUAUCAGAUAAACAUGAAACCUGGGUGCUUUUGCCCCCCCGCGGCAGCCCUUCCCGCUCUCCAAACCCCCUGACUGUUUGCCUCCCUGGCAGCCUGCCUGUGACUAUGUAGAGGAAGCGGCCUGUAAACACGUUGCGUGUACCUACGUCAUCAGUCGUGACAUUUUACUGAUGUCAUUUGAUGCCUGCCCGUGUAAUGUUUAAACAUCCUAUUGUUUUAUACUGUGAGCCUCCCCGCCACCCCACCCUGUCAGGUGUGCGAGUCUCAGUGCCAGCAUAAAUAAAAUAUGAACCACACCGAGCAGAAACUAAAACCCAAACAAGACUGCAAAAGAAGGAUGAGGACAAAAGUGCAGCUUUAAGCCAUUUAAAAUUCAGAGUAUUUCAAUCAAUUCCUUCUAGUUAAAAUGCUUUGGAGGAAGUGGUGAGUUUAAUUAUUUGUCUAACCUUUUCCUUAUCAUUUUUUUUUUGACAGAUUAAAGGAAGGGUAGUUACAAGAAAUAAGCAUAACAAGAGUCACAGCAGGGUGGUUGUAAUGACAAAAAUAAGCCAGCAGGCAAUCAGGAAGACGACCUUUAUUGCUUAUUUAAAUGUUUAACAGCAAAAAAAUAGCAUUAAGGACAGAUAUUCAUUAGUAUUAUAAAGCCCAUGCACUGUCAGGUACCUUUCGGUAGGAUUUAAAUGAGCCAGACCAUUUUUACUGUUUCUUUGUCUUCAUUACAUCCUGUUUGGUUUAUUUGAUGUGUUUUAACUUAUGAGCCUCUUUACAUACAUGCGCUAACAACAAGAUAAAUGAUCUAUCAGCACAACACCCUAUUUUAGUUUGCAGUUCAUGUAGUGCCUAGGGAAGUGGUUGUGGUGUCUUUGGUUGUUGCCGUGCAACAAGUGUCCGUCAGUCUGAAAGUGAAUUGGCAUGUCAGUAUCUGCAUGGGUUUUGCCCUGACAGCUCUCAAAGGCCAGUCCCCUCUUCUGUUAGCAGUGUGGAAAUAAAGCCAGGAACGUGUGACUUAUGCAUCCAUAUAUCUUAUAUAUUUACACUGGCGUGCAAUUUAUAUCACUUAUCACUGCCAUUGAUAAGUUAGUCAGAAAACAAACAACUGAUGCUCAAAAUUUUAGCCUGUUUCACAAUGACUGCACAUGAUGAAAAGGAUCCUGCAGUCUGCAUGCAAGAUGUGCAACAAAUUCCCCUGAUCAAUAACUUGAAUUUUUUAUGUGACUCCAUCAGUCUCUCAGAUCAUUGUGGAGGAACUGUGGCCUGCUCUUUUUUAUACCUUUGCCUCAGGUAUCUUUAAGGUCCUGCCACAGCAUUUCAGUCAGCUUGCGUUCUGGACUUUGACCGGGCCAUCGCAUUAAGAAGGUAACUGCACAAGUUGAAACUCAGGGCUUUCUCCCUAUGGUUAGUUUAUCCAAGUUUCUUUGCCGUAAAUCCUAACAUGUGUUUUGUCAGGCCCACCCAGCCCCCGUUGCCACCCUGCCCAGCACCAACUCUAACAAUAACCUCUAUAAUUAUGUAGCUGCAGGGCAACAGAAGGAGGGUAUUGGGUCAGGCAGCAUGUUGAUCUCACGUGUCAACGAAGGCUGCGUCAAGCUAGCUCUGCCAGACACAAAAACACCCGCCAGCCACACAGUCGAGUCAGAUCUCCCUUUAACAAGUUGGGACACACCGAAAUGUUGUGCAGCCCUGUAACUCUCUAAAUGUGGGAGCAUUUUCUCUCUUUGAGGCUUUUCUUUGGAAAGCUGCAAGUGUGGCUCGAAACGGGACCAGUUUGUAACUUGAACAUCUUGACAUUGGAUAUCCUGUACUAGACAGAUUGGAGCUCGUGGUGGUCUGUCCUCAGCUCCCACAGCGACCUCGGGGGAUUCCUCCAGUGUUUGCACUGCCAAAGGAAGAGGUCAAACCCUCACUGACGCUACCCUGCAGUGUCACUGCUCUCAGAAGUGGCUCAACCCUUCCCCUUUCCUGCGAACAGUGAGUGAGUGCCUGACAGAGAAGUAGAGAAACACUACUUUCAAAAUUUUCAGACUUCUCUACAGGUCGCCUGUUUUCUCUCUGUUUUGGAGUUGUACUACUGAAAACCCCUUCAGGAAUGCUGUCAGUGUCAUGUCUGGGAUUAGUUUGGGUAUUUACAACAACAAAUCAAUGAGAAUGGACAGACAACUGUGGAAAAUCCUUCAAUUCAGUUGAGUCUACAGUUACAACAGCUGCAUGUGUGCUUCUUGCUUGUGGAGACUAAUUGAAUAUCACACUCCUGUCUGCCUUGUUGGGGCUUGCCUGAAACCUCGGCACAGAAACUCUGCAGCAUUCCACGAUUUCUCUUCCCGCAUCCCGAGGAACAGAAGAUUGGGCAGAUCUGCUCUCUAUCUGAUCCUUUCCAUUUUCUUUUUGCCUCUCACCUGGAAUCUUCAUGUUUUUUGGUUUAUCGGUGCGCAAAACUUCAUGGAGCCGAUCCAGAUACCCCCGGAGGUUUACGGGAGAAAAAUAACUAAACUGUGAAGAACUGUUGUAAGAGGCUCAGAUCAGAUGUGCAGUUUAUUUUCAUUACAGCCCAAAGUGUCUCAUAUGAGUCAGGCGCUCGAGGGACAAUGAACAAAGACCUCCGAUUGACAAGGAAAGGAGGGCUGACUGGUUUUGGACACGGUCGGAGACACUCGUGCUUGGGUUUUGAUGUGGAGAAUGGCCUGUCGGUGGGUCGCAGUCCACUGGACUCUCAGACUAGCCCGGGUUCUGGUCUGGUACUUCAGGCCAACUUUCCCCACAGUCAGCGCCGCGAGUCCUUCCUCUAUCGCUCUGACUCAGACUUCGACCUUUCGCCCAAAACUAUGUCCCGCAACUCGUCCACUGCCAGCGACCUGGAGGAGGGAUUGAAGCAUUGGGAAGUCAAUUGGCUACCUCGGCAUGGAGAAGACAUGAUAGUGACUCCAUUUGCACAGGUUCUUGCCAGUCUACGAACGGUGAGAAGUAACUUUGCUGUUCUGACACAUCUGCAAGAUCGUGUGGGAAACAAGCGGCCGUCAAGCAGCAACCAGCCGCCCAUGUGUAAUCCAUGUCUCACAGAGGAGCCUUACCAGAAGCUGGCGAUGGAGACCCUGGAGGAGCUGGACUGGUGUCUGGACCAGCUGGAGACCCUGCAGACGAGACACUCGGUCAGCGAGAUGGCAUCCAACAAGUUUAAGAGGAUGCUGAACCGCGAGCUGACACAGCUAUCGGAAACAAGUCGCUCAGGGAAUCAGGUGUCAGAGUACAUCGCCAACACCUUCCUCGAGAAACAACAUGACGUGGAAAUCCUUUCUCCUCCUCCGAAGGAGAAGGAGAAGAAAAAGAGGCCGAUGUCACAGAUCAGCGGUGUGAAAAAGGUCACACAAAGCCCGGGUUUGGCGCCUGCCUCCAUCCCUCGCUUUGGAGUCAACACACCACACGAGAACCUGCUAGCCAAGCAAUUUGAGGAUAUCGAUCGUUGGGGUAUGGAUAUAUUCAAAGUAGCAGAAUAUUCUGGAAACCGUCCUCUGACAGUGACCAUGUACACCAUUUUCCAGGAGCGAGACCUUCUGAAAACCUUCGAUAUCCCAGUUGACACCUUCAUCACCUUCAUGAUGACCUUAGAGGACCACUACCAUGCAGACAUAGCUUAUCACAACAGCAUCCACGCAGCUGAUGUGGUGCAGUCCACCCACGUCCUCCUCUCCACCCCAGCUUUAGAGGUGGUUUUCACAGACCUGGAGAUCAUUGCCGCUCUGUUUGCCAGUGCUAUCCACGAUGUUGACCACCCAGGAGUCACCAACCAGUUCCUCAUAAACACCAGUUCAGAGCUGGCGCUGAUGUAUAAUGACGCGUCAGUUUUGGAAAACCACCAUCUCGCUGUGGGCUUCAAACUGCUGCAGGAGGAAAACUGUGACAUCUUCCAGAACCUCAGCAAGAAACAGAGAGACUCUCUCCGCAAGAUGGUGAUUGACAUGGUGCUGGCCACAGAUAUGUCCAAACACAUGAACUUUUUGGCAGACAUGAAGACAAUGGUGGAGACCAAGAAAGUCACAAGUUUGGGAGUCCUUCUGCUAGACAACUACUCUGACCGUAUCCAGGUUCUGCAGAACAUGGUCCAUUGUGCAGAUUUGAGCAAUCCAACCAAACCGCUGGAGCUUUACCGCCAGUGGACGGACCGCAUCAUGAAGGAGCGUUUCACCCAGGGAGACAGGGAGCGGGAUAGAGGCAUGGAGAUCAGCCCCAUGUGUGACAAACACAACGCCUCCAUAGAAAAGAGUCAGGUGAGCUUCAUUGACUUCAUUGUGCACCCGCUGUGGGAGACCUGGGCCGACUUAGUGCACCCCGACGCUCAGGACAUCCUGGACACGCUGGAGGACAACAGGGAGUGGUACCAGAGCAUGAUCCCCCGCAGCCCCUCGCCUUCCACCCCAGAAGAGCACCAGGCUGAGGUGGGACCAGCAGCUUUGGGAGCAGGUGCACCCAUUCCUUCUGGAGGAGGAGGAGGGGACAAGUUCCAGUUUGAAUUAACUCUGGAGGAAGAGGAGGAAGAAGAGGAGGAGGCAGAUUCUGACCUUGAGAGCCCCAUAGAGAAUGAGUCUCAGUCUGCUGCGGAGAGGCACCGAGACUCCUCCUCCCCAUCUCUUUCCCCAGACCCCCGCAGCAGCAGCAGCAGCGGCAGGUACCGUCCCCCUUCGCCUCACCCAUCUCGGACCUUGAACCUGGCUGCCAUGUCGGUGCGGAGCCCCAGCCCUCAAAGAGCGCCAGUCUCCCCAGGGCGGGAAGGUGCCGACACGGACAGAGAACUGAGCCAGGAGGGCGACGGAGUGGCCUGCCUGCGUUUGGGCACAUAAUGACCAGCACAACCUGCCCUGCCUGAGAGACACGGGUGCUGGAUGUAUGUCGAUGGAGGCAGGGCAAGCCUUUACCAAUAAUGUCUGUAAAAUCACCACAGUCCCUUUACACUGGAGACACCCACUCUGGAGAACAGAGGAAUGUUCCCCCUCUGUUUUAGGUUUCGUUUUUCAGCAGGGAGAAUAGUUUUUGCCUAUCUUUGGGUGCCUGAUAGGCCAUCCUGGUUUGUUAUAGCUUCAGUUUGGAGAGUCCCAGACAGAAACAAAGAAAACGAAACUGCUGCGUUUAUUCUGGGAAGAAGAAUGAAGCUGAGGCCUGUUCUCUAACAAGAGGUAACAAGGUAAAGGAAAUGUCUUCCUUCAAAAUAACUGUGACAUUUGAACGCGAGCAGCGAAUGAGGACCGCAGUGGUGUGACAGGGUCUUGGAAAUUAUUUUGCACCAUAAUUUCAGUUUAAGGUAUAAAAUUAUUGAGUCCUCGUUGGAUUAAGUGAGUCUGAUUUCUUUAAGAAUGAUGUGAGAGAUGAAUCAUUUUACCAAAUACGGGAUGUAAAUGAGAAAAAUCGGUGGACCUUAACCUCAGGGUAUGAAGAGAAACAUAAAUCUAAUGUAGCACAGAUGUACUGGGUACCCCCUAACCUGACCACCACCCCAAACAGUCUUUCCAGUUUGAUUUACCUCCAAGCUGGACAAAUGAGACUUUAACCCAUGGUGUGUCUCUACAUUUAAUCAAAACCCUUUAAUAUACAAUUUGGCAACUUGCAUACUUAAACCAGCUUGUAGCACCACAGAAACUGAACACUGAAGAAGACUUUACCCCAGUCUCACCUGUUGAUACUAUAAGACACCACCUGUAUAAUUAGUUUAAGCUUUAUUUUAUUUUGUACCUGUAGUGACUUUUAAUGAUGUCAUUGUUCUGUUUUGAUUUUCAACCUGUUCCUUGUUGUACAUUAGCUGAUCUCGUCUGUGGUUAAGUGCUUAAAAAGCAUUUGUUUUGUUCGGUUUUUUAAAUCAGGGUGCCUCCAGUCCGCAGUAGCACUUUACUGUCUCGGCCAUUUCAGCUCUUCUGUUCAGUCACAAAAAAAGGGCUUCACCCACUGUAGGCCUGCUGAUCACAAAAACACAGUACAAAGCAUUUGACUAAAGGUACCAGAAGGCAGGGCGGGAAACUAACCAGCUUUCACAAACUAGCGUCUCAACAAAGGAUUUGAUGGCGUGCAACAAUAAUAAAGUUCCUAUUCAUCUACCGGUCAGAUAAUAUUGGAAUUCUAGGACUGCAUCUGUUUGUUUUGAGACCGUCCAAAGGUGUGCAAACUCCAACAACUGUAGGUGAAAUAUAAAACUCAGCCUCCCACCUCAGACCCAAACUGAAUCCGAUUCUGAAUAUUUGUUCUUAUAAAAGAAUAAUGCUGGCAAAAACCUUCUUUUUUAAAUAAUCAGCAAACAAUGAACCACUGCUAUAACAAAGUAUUGUGUGGCAUCUGUUCUAUAGAUGUUCCAUAGAUGCACAUGCUCCCUAAUUAUAAUUUAGUCUGUUUUCAUUCAAUCCUAUUUCUACCAUCCUGAUGAAAAUGUGUCCAAUAAAGAACCUGUUCAUUUUUUAAAGGCUCCCACAUGUUUGUUGGGAAACACUAUUCAUGCAGUCACAUUAUUUCUGUCUGUACUGCUACAAUUAAAAUCAGCAGCUACAGCUACUACUGUUUUGAAGCUCUGUGAACUUCUAUGCUCAUUUAAAUGUUUUGUUUUGUUUUUAAAACCAACAUUUGUGUAGUUGUUUUUGUGGUUAUAUUUUAUUAAAGUGCUUAUAAGAGAUUAGAGAGAUUAUUGAGGAGAUCUGUGCUUAUGUCCAGGGAAAUUUAAGAUUUACUGCUUGUUUCUUGUAAAAGUAACAAGUAAUCUACUAUAUUACUUCUGUAACACGUGUAUUCAUCAUGUCUUUCAGAUCAGAUAGAAUUCCCAAAACUCUGCGAGCAUCCUGUUAACUUCCCUCCAAGGAAGCCACUUGGAUGUUUGACAAACUAUCAGUGUGUGCAUUUAUAAUGGCUGAUAGAUGGAAAUUUAAAAGCUUCAGCCAUACUAUAAGUCUAGAUGUUGAGGGCACCUGAGCCAUCAACCAUCUGAUCUGAACAGAGCGGGGAAGACAAACCAGCAGCAUAGUUCAUCACAGGCUUUGACACCUGUUUGAUUAAAUCAUACUUGAGCUCAGAGCACUUUAUAAAAGAGGCCCUUGCUGUUGAUUUUGUUUUUGUAGGUAUUUUAGAAAAUGUAAAAAAUGCCAGCCUUAUCCUUUAAUGGUAAAAUGUUGUUUCGACACACAAACCUUCAAACCUCAGUCAAAAGUAAAACAUGUUAACACAUCUGAACUAAAGAUGCUGCUUCUAAAUUGUUUUAUUUUCCAUAAAAAACCCAACAAGGAUCUUUGAAUUCUAAAAUCCCAGCGGUGUGUUUUCCUACCCUGCCGACAGAUACCGAUGUAGAGAUCAGAGAGAGCUCAGGUGGCAGAAACAAGUCACCUGUAGUUCAUCCUAAACAGACUGUGCUCCAUCAGCUCUUAUUUGGUAGAUAGUGCUCGACUGGGAUAAAUGUGUGCCACAAGUGUUGACAACACACAAACACCUGCCAGCCUACAAUGCUGUACAUUUUUACACUAGAGAUUUUAACCUGAUGAUUGUAUCAAAGUCAUUAACUUUAUAGUGUUAGUUUUUACAAAUGAUACAUGUUAACAGUAUUUAAGGCAAACGAUUUAAUAGAUUUUGUGCAGCUUUGGAUCCGUCUGUUCAGUUCUUUCCUAAUCAGAUAGCUGAGACUCGAGGAUGUGUGUAGUUUCAGGUGUUUCAUGACUUUGUCUUUCUGUACCAAGUACACAUUCAGCCUAGAACAGUGUUUGUCGCCGUCACUGAGGUAGAAAGACCGGGAAGUAAGCAAGCACUACGCAACAUACGAUGCACUUCCCAGUCAGGCAGUAGUAGAAAACACUAGUCCAACAGUAUUUCAUUAUUUCAGCUAGCAAGCUUUAUUGAUCAGCCUUACGUGGUUUAUAAACGUUUUGAGCCUUGUGCUAAAGGACCACUGUGAUGAUUUCGAAAUGCUGAUCCUCAGACUGUUGUUCCAUUCACUUUUCCGUGGAGAAAGAGGAAAGUGGGAAAACUGUUGCCAGACUUACAUUUUUUUGAGAACGUUUACAAAGUGUACAAAAGAAGAUUUUUUUCAAAGGCUCCAGAUUUAAAGACAGUUUAGAGGUCUAAUAAAAUAAUUGUGAGUAGAUAUGUCAUAUUAAAAGUGUCUCCUAUUAAACCGUUCACAUUGCAAUCAGAGCAGUUCAGUUUUUACAGUAAUUUUUACUCAUUAGCAGAUUUAGAUAUCAGUAUCCAGCUGACCACAGAUGCCUUCGUAUGACAAAAGUGUCUGCAUUUGGCUAGUUUUAUUAAUUAUCUAGAGUGUAACAGGCUGAAUGUAAGCCAGUGAACCUCAAAGCCUUUGAGCAUCACCCGGAAGAGUAAACAUUUUCAAAACACUGCAUUUAAACGUCUGUUUUCUUUGUUACAUCAUCAAAAAACAUGUAUCGUGUCAAAAGUUGGUUUGUCAGCCAUUCGUCAAGAUCCUUUGGUUUUGAUCCAGUCAAACAGCUUUCUAUGAGGAGAAAACCUAUUUUAGUUACAUUUUUGCAUAGUGUAGCAAUGUUCACAUGGCUACAUUAUCAAAGAGCACAAACAAAGAGCAAAAACAAUGGUUUUACCCCCAAAAGAAGUUUAUUAUAUUUGUACUACAUUUUAUUAAGGAAUAAUUGUCCAAAAAUGUAAAAAUACAUUCAAAAAUUUGGCUUCUGAGAUUAAACUGAUUUUUCUCAGAUGUGGCACAACAAACAAUGUGUUUCCAGUUAGUCAUUAUUUUCUCUUAUUAUAACACAAAAAUGAACAAAUUAAAAGCUCAUAUUUUUAUCCUGUGUGAUAGUUUUAGUAGAUAUACAGCAACAGUUUUCUGACAGCAGGUGUAAUUUGCUCAGCACUGAACAGUCUGAGGAGUUACAGCAGGUUAAACUCAGCACCGUGGCUCUUUGCAGGAAGACGUCAGUGCCAUACAGCGCCAUCUGUGUCGGUGAGCGGGAGCGUUCCCGCUUCUACACAGAGACCGUGUUGCACUGACACCGCCUCCACCCACGUCCAUGCAGUCUUGUUCUUUCAGCCUCUGUGUCGUGCAAACUUCUAUAGAGAUAUUUAUUCUUCAGAUGUGUCUGUCGAUACAAAGUACUGUAACAUAGGAUGUCUGAUUUUAUGUUCUGGAGCCUAAAAAUCAAGUAUACUUCACAAGUAUGUAUCCACCUGCCACUCCGAUGUUUUUGUCAGAGAAAUUAAAUCUAUUUUUGUUUCGCAUUUUAAGCCAAAAGAGUCUCGGGAGUUCAGGGUGUUAAGUGGAAAAUGCCAAUAAAUUAUAUGGAAAUUUUUA